GUAUUGCACGAGUUUUAAAAAUAACUGUACUUGUAUUUCUAUAACUCAAUAAAAAUUUUAACUUUUAAAAAAGCAAUUUAAGCCCUAUUUAACAUAAAAUAACUAAGCAUACAUUUGGAUUCACCUGAAACUCUACGAGCCUUUUUUCCCUAAAUGUUUCAAGGGAAAUUAGUGUCUAGGUAAAUGGUAAGGAGCCCUCUUAACUCUAAGUACCUGAAAUACAUACAAGCAGUCUUCAAAAAGUUAAUGGGAAAAUGCAUAUUAUGAAAAAACUGUGCUUGAAUUUUCAAAAAUGUUUUGCACCAAAAUAAGCUUAUCUUCAAUUCCAGUUUUCUUUGAACUUCUUGAAGGACUCUUGUACUAAGGCUAAUUUUCAUUGAAAAAUAAUGCAAGAUUUAUUUACAUCAGAUUGCUAAUCAAUAAACAUCGUGAAUCCAGCCACAUUAUAGUGAAUAAUGCCAUAGCUAUUUGAACGAGAAUGCACCGAGUCAGUAGCCCAUGUUUACAGUCUUAAUCUCAUCCCAACAUUUCUCUCCUGUAAUUGUCUACAGUAAACUGCUUUUUGUAAUUGUUGAUCUGUUGACCUUUUUGUAACUGUUGACCUCUGGCUAUAACAAGAAAGGCCAUUUCAGUGCUAUGGAAGGAACUGAGAUGCUAAAGAUCAGACCUGGAGUAAUGGCUGAAAUACUAGAAGGCAGUAGUGUUGUGACACCUGGGAACUGUGUUGUACCUGUGAUCUUUGAUGUCCUUAGAAAAUUUAUGGCAGAGACCAUAUGCUUUUGGGCAUUAGGAUAAUAAUUGAUUAGCACUUAGUGUACUCUAUGAUGCAGAGAGAGCUAGCAUUUCAUUCCAAACCUUACAGAGAGACAUUUUCUAGACUACUCCCAGUUUGAACUGUUUCCCAACAGCCUAUCAGUGAGCAAGUAAGGAAGUAGAAAAACAUUAUUAGAAAAGAAUACAUCAUCAUGUGUUUCUGUAGACUUUGAUUUUUUGCCUGAGGAGGCAUCCUUCCAUUUUCUCCAUAAGAACUCUUGGUGUUAUGUUCUAUAUGGUCAUUAAAGAGUCCAGACUUUACAAGAUAGCUUGGAGCUUGGCUCCCUCCACAGUAUCCAGUAUCUUAAGUUAAUAGGCAAAUAUUCAAAGUUUUGCUAAGUCCCACAUUAGGGGGAAGCCAGAAGCCUUCUGGAAGGAGUUGUAAACGCCAGAUUCUGGAACAGUUGUGACUCCAGACCUUGGAUGUUGAAGAAUACACUCUGAAAAUUAAAUUUUCCAAAGACAACCAAAUCAAGGGCCUGAUGUGACUAAGGUCAGAGCUUUAGUGCUGAGUGAGUAGGACAGUGAGGAUUCUAUCAAAAACUCUCUUCAAAAAGUGCCUGAAUGUCAGUCUAUUCUGCAUAUUCUUCCUUUUCCACAGACAACAAGGUAAUUAAGAUACUGUUAACUAUCCACAAAUCGACUCAAUAAAUUUGUUUUGGAAGAAGGCCAGUAUAAGCUGAUUUUGUUAUUUUAUAAUCUUACACAACUUGGAAGUAUUGUGAUUUUUCCCUUACAGCGAAGUCCACCUUGUGGUUGGUUAGAUGUUAAAGUCAGCAUUUAAGGCUGUUUUGAUAGACAUGGAAGAAGGAGUAGUGAAUGAAAUUCUGCAGGGACCCUUGAGAGAUGUGUUUGAUAGCAAGCAGCUCAUUACUGAUAUAUCUGGCUCAGGAAAUAACUGGGCUGUGGGUCACAAAGUUUUUGGCAGUGCUUACCAAGAACAGAUUUUAGAGAAACUCAGAAAGUCGGCAGAGCACUGCGAUUGCUUACAGUGCUUCUUUAUAAUACAUUCCAUGGGCGGAGGGACAGGAUCCGGACUUGGCACAUUUCUUCUGAAGGUGCUUGAAGACGAGUUCCCAGAAGUAUACAGAUUUGUGACUUCAGUUUAUCCUUCUAGUGAAGAUGAUGUCAUAACCUCACCUUAUAAUAGCAUCUUGGCAAUGAAGGAGCUCAGCGAGCAUGCAGAUUGUGUGUUGCCCAUUGACAAUCAGUCCUUAUUUGACAUCAUUAGCAAAAUUGACCUCAUGGUGAAUUCUGGAAAGUUGGGUGCAGCUGUGAAGCCAAAGAGUCUGGUUACUGCAAGUGCCGAGGCCUUAAAGAAACGGCACAAGAAGCCCUUUGAUGCAAUGAACAACAUUGUGGCAAAUGUGCUGCUCAGCCUGACAAGCUCUGCACGGUUUGAAGGAUCCCUUAAUAUGGACCUUAAUGAAAUCAGUAUGAACUUAGUUCCUUUUCCUCAACUUCAUUAUCUUGUAUCAAGCCUAACACCUCUGUAUACACUGGCAGAUGUUAACAUUCCCCCUCGAAGAUUGGACCAGAUGUUUUCAGAUGCCUUUAGUAAAGAUCACCAACUAAUACGGGCAGAUCCUAGGCAUUGUCUCUACCUCGCCUGUGCACUGAUGGUCAGAGGAGAUGUGCAGAUUUCAGAUCUUCGUAGAAAUAUUGAAAGAUUAAAGCCUUCUCUGCAGUUUGUCUCCUGGAAUCAAGAAGGUUGGAAGACCAGCCUGUGUUCAGUACCUCCUGUGGGCCAUUCUCAUUCAUUAUUAGCUUUAGCAAAUAACACGUGUGUGAAGCCUACCUUCCUAGAACUGAGAGAGAGGUUCACGAGGCUCUACAAGAAAAAGGCUCACCUUCAUCACUAUCUACAAGUUGAUGGAAUGGAGGAAGGCUGUUUCACAGAGGCUGUAUCGUCCUUAUCAGCACUCAUAGAGGAGUAUGACAAACUGGACGCCACAAAAGGCAUGCCUGUGCAAAAUUUGCCUAGACUUAGCAUAGCUAUCUGAAAAAGAACCUGAAAAACAACUGUUCCUGAAUUUCACAUUGUUGUCUGUUGCCUUUCUAUUAUAGCAUUUUUGUGACUCAGAAAGCCCAGUUUGUUUUCCAUAAUACCAGAGUGUUUUUGUUUAAAAGACUAAUGAUACCAGUGUGUGAAAUUAGGUCCUGUUAUCUUCAGACAGCUGUCUUCAGAAAAGUCCCCCUUUCUGAAACUGAGAGCAGAAUUCUUCAACAUUCUCUUAUUUAUAGCUCAAAUUUGGGCAUUUAUAUACUGAUAACCAUGUCUUUAAUACAAAUCUUGUAAAGAUACAACUUUCUAUUUAUUUGUAUUUCUCUGUGUAUGAUUUUUUGUUAUUCUGUUUAAAUUCUCCUGGUUCUUUGAACUUAGUGCUGGGACACAGGGGUGGGGCAGGUCCAGCGUGAGCCGUGUAAGGCCAUGCAGUCAUUUGGCUUGGCCCUGCCAAGGCAGCCUGAGGUGGGACUCAAAAGUUCAAUCAGUCCACAGCAGGCUAAUUUUUAAGUUUUGUGCAGCCCACAAAUGAUGUUAUAAAUAUCCAAAUGGCCUUUGGCAGAAAAAAGGUUCCCUACCCCUGGUGGAAGGACACAAGUAAGUAUUUCCAUGUGGUAUCCACUAACCUCAGGGAUAGGCGUUCUUACAGCUUUUAAGGAGGCUUUGUUCUUUGGAUAACAACAUGCUUGCACUCAAAAAAAGAAUAAUUUAUAUAUUUAACAUGCAUUUGUAUUAAAUUUUUUAAUAUUUUAAUCAAUUGGUUUUAUAAUAAAUAUCCAUAUUUUAA